AUGGACCAAAACUACCGACCAGAUGAUCUUCAAAAUGAUCAGAACCAACUAGCAAACCUAGACAUUCAUCAUAAUAGCCCUGGACCAACUCUCACUGUUUCACCUCCUCAAGAAGAAGAUAAUUUGCAUUCAAUUGAGACCUCAAUGACCAUGGAGUCUCAAAAGCCAACCAGCUUCUCAAGUCCACUCUCGUUAACUUCUUCCUCACCUGAAAUGGCUCUGGACUCGGCAACAGCCUUGGUCAUGGAUGCUUACGCAGACCUAUACCAUUCAGCAUCUCCCGACCACGUCGAUUCUACCGGAAAUAACGACAUUGGAGAGUCCCAAGUCCACCAGAGCCCCGGUGUUGAUGUGGAUUCUGCAUUUCAUCAGGUAGGCACGGAUGGUGAUAAUAACAACACCUAUCCUGCCGUUUCAAAUGUUCCCAUUAUCGCUAACUCUAUCACCGCUACCGUUACCGCUACCACUAGCACUAGCACUACCACCACCACCACCACCGCUGCUACCACUGCCACCAGUCCGACUGGCUUUAAAAAUAUUAAUAACCGCAACAUGGCUGCUUACACUGACACAACAACUAACAACUCACCUAUUUUCACCACCACCAAAUCCUCCACCUUUCCAAACAAAACUCAUCCAGAUUCCUCUUCUUCUUCUUCACUUGCCACCAAAAUGCCUGCCAAAAACACAAUCACCCGUGUUCAAAGCGACCAGGCAAGCGACGACAGUUCUCGAGAUAUUCAUUCAAACAUUCCUCAAACAAAUGCAUCCUUCCAAGACCCUAUAGACCCCUCAGGAGGUUCGUUUGAUGUUAAUGUUCCUCCCUUGGACCAUGUUUAUCAACAAUACCAACAACAACAAUCUUCACCUCCAUCUGUCCAACCCUACAAUCAAAGCCCUCAACAUCUUUCUGCUCCUCGUGGUCCCAGGUCUCCUCUUCGUAAGGGGCAUUCGCCUUCCCCAUCCAUCUCCAGUAUACCCGAAGAUGGCUACUACCAGCCUGAAUACCAACAGCAACAGCAACAACCGGAAUACCAAACUUCAGACCAAAACAGUUUUAAUAAUAACUCUUUCCCAAUCUCUGCUUCUCUUUCUCAAAUUAACCCAGGCUAUGGAAGGUCUUCUCCUAGCAAGGUCCCAAACUUGUCCAACUAUGGCGACUUUAAUAACCAACAACAACAACAACAACAACUACCUCCCUCUGCAUCUUAUCCUCAAAUCGUAGCCCCAGUCGCCCAACCAGCAAUCGCUCAUCCGGCUUUCCGCCAACGUGGCAUGCCUCCCUACCCUGCUAUUCCAUCUCCAUCAUCAAGAUCCUCCUCUCCAGCUAUUCGCCAACAACAACAACAACAGCAGCAGCAGAACAAUCAUCAGCAACAGUUUGCUGGAUUUGGCUAUGCUGCCCCAGAGUCAAACAAUAGUGUCAAUAGCCUGGCCCCACCUGUUCCAAGCUUCUCGAUGCGCCCACACAGCCCGGGCUCAGACCCUUCCCACAUUGUGCCCUCCGCAUCCACCCCCAACGUUAUGAACCCCUCCUCGGUUCCAAACUCUCCGAGACUCUCCCCCAUGCUCCACCCCCAACGUAACUCCUCAGGUAACUUUAUGGGCCAGCCCCAAGCUUCCCGCAGCUCCGUCCGUCUCGGAACCCCAAGCAACUCGCGCCCAUUCUCCUCGCUCUCAACAACAUCCUCCUUUGACGGUUCUGGAGGCUCUGGCCAUCAAACAGACUUUUACAGCUACACCAAUAAUGGUUCAGGCUCUGGUCGCACAAUGGGCGGUCCAGGCCACGGCCGAACCCAGUCUAUGGCUUUUACUGACCUUGCCGGAACUUCUGCCUUUGAUCUUUCUCAAACAUUCAUCUCCUCAAACCUCGGUGCUAACUCGUCUUCCUUAGUCCCACGCAUGAAAACCAUUGAAAUGUACCGUAAAAAUGCAAAAAAAUCAAAUGACCCCGUCAUCCAGUUCCAGUUUGCUCAGUACAUGCUUCAAACAGCCCUUCUAGCUACCGCAAACUCGGCUGGCGGUGCCCCCAAGUCUCCAUCUUUCAGCGCUUUGGAUGCUGCUGGCGAUGAAAAUGACGACGAUGACUUUGCCCUAGAGUUUGCCCCCCUUCCUAACCAGUCUUCAAGUGCCUCCAUCAUGUCUUCAUCAGGCGUUGACCCUACGGCUUCCCCUGCCUUGGGCCCGUAUACCCCAAGAGACGAGUACCGCAUUAAACGUGGGCUUCUCAAAGAAAGUGUUUCUCUUCUUAGGAAACUUGCAGAUAAAGGUUAUGCUGACGCACAAUAUAUCUUGGGUGACGCGUAUGCCUCUGGUGCCUUGGGCAAAAGAGACCUUAAAGAGUCCUUUGCUCUAUUGCAACUCGCAGCAAAACACGGUCAUGCUGAGGCAUCAUAUCGUACUGCACUGUGUCUCGAAGAAGGCUGGGGUACGUCAAAGGAUCCUCGUCGUGCACUCCAGUUUUUGCGUCAAGCAGCUUCCCGCAACCAUCCUGGUGCUA